AUGUCAGUUCAGUCUGGAGGUAGUAAGAGAAAGCCUUGCUUUCGUUAUGGCUUUCUGCACAAGAGCUUUCAAGAGUUCUUUGCCGUUUUUCAUCUUGCUUUAAAUAUUCUCAGAGAAGAUGAGGAAGCAGAAAUCGCACUCAUAGAUAAAAGAUUUCUGGGUGAGCUGAAGCAGGUGCUUUUGUACAUAUGUGGAGUUGUUGCUAUGAAAUCCGAGGAAACUGCUAAAUUUCUUAUACAGAAAAUUACUGCUCAUGUAAAUAGGGUAAGAGCGAAUUUUAAAAGAGUAAGGAGAAUCAUAAAAUUGACAUUUUGUUUAAUAGAGGAAUGUGGAAAAUGUAACAAAAGCCUUCGAUCCCAGUUGCUUCAUGAGUUUGGGGCUCACCUCGAGCUUGAGGUUUGCACCUUAGAAAUGAUUCCGCGAUUAGACUUUUUCUUGGAAAGUCUCUCAUGCAAAACCUUUUUGACCGGUCUAGACCUAAUUCCUAUUUUUAGGAAUUUCGAGUCCGUUGGUCUUGUGAUUAGCGAUAAAGGAAUUGCUCUACUCUCUCAGGCCCUUUCAGUCAUUACUACAUUGACUCAUUUGAACUUGGGUAACAAUCUGAUUGUUGAUUCUGGUGCUGCUUCUCUCUCUCAGGCCCUUUCAGUCAAUACUUCAUUGACCCAUUUGAACUUGGACGUCAAUAAGAUUGGUGCUUCUGGUGCUGUUUUUCUCUCUCAGGCUCUUUCAGUCAAUACUACAUUGACUUAUUUGAACUUGGGUAACAAUGAGAUUGAUGAUUCUGGUGCUGAACAUCUCUCUCAGGCCCUUUCAGUCAAUACUUCAUUGACUCAUUUGAACUUGGAUGUCAAUAAGAUAGGUGCUUCUGGUGCUGUUUUUCUCUCUCUCAGGCUCUUUCAGUCAACACUACAUUGACUUAUAUGAACUUGGGUAACAAUGAGAUUGAUGAUUCUGGUGCUGAACAUCUCUCUCAGGCCCUUUCAGUCAAUACUACAUUGACUCAUUUGAAAUUGACUAACAUUAAGAUUGGUGCCAUUGGUGCAGCUCAUCUCUCUCGGGUACUUUCGGUCAAUACUACAUUAACUCAUUUGGACUUGGAUAAAAAUAUGAUUGGUGAUGGUGGUGCUGCCUAUCUCUCUCAGGCUCUUUCAGUCAAUACUACAUUGACUCAUUUGGUCUAGGGUGUCAAUAGGAUUGGUGUAUCUGGUGCGUCUUAUCUCUCUGAGGCUCUUUCAGUCAAUAGCAGUUUGACUCAUUUGAAUUUGUGGCUUAAUAACAUUGGUGCUUCUGGUGCUGCUUCUCUCUCUCAUGCCCUUUCAGUCAAUAGCAGUUUGACUAAUUUGAACUUGGGUGGCAAUAAGAUUGAUGAUUCUGGUGCAACUUCUCUCUCUCACGCCCUUUCAGUCAACGCUAAGUUGACUCAUUUGGACUUAGGUUUCAAUUGGAUUAGUGCAUCUGGUGCUGCUUCUCUCUCUCAUGCCUUUUUAGUCAAAAGCAGUUUAACUAAUUUGAACUUGACUAACAAUAAGAUUGGUGCUUCUGGUGCUGCUUCACUUUCUAUUGCCCUUUCAGUCAAUCAAAGUUUGACUACUUUGAACUUGUGUGGCAAUAAGAUUGAUGAUUCUGGUGCUAUUGCUCUCUCUCAGGCUCUUUCAGUCAACACCACAUUGACUGACUUGUAUUUGGAUUGCAAUCAAAUUGGUGAAUCUGGUGUUGUUUCUCUCUCUCAGGCUCUUUCAGUCAAUACUUCAUUGGCUCAUUUGAUCUUGAAUGAGCAGAACAUUGAUCUUGCUGGUGAUACCUCUUUAUAA